CUGGAUCGAACCAUGGCGAUGUGCCUUGAGGAGCAGCAGAAGAACGCCGAGCUGGAGGAGCGGCGGAGGCAGGAUGACCCAGUGGCCUUGGAGCAAGCAGUGAUGCGGCAGAAGGCAGCGGUGCAGCAGGCGCAGGCUGCCUUUGAAGCGGAGAUGGCGAGAGGCAAGGAGUUGAGGCGCAAGCUCCAGCUCGCCCAGCAGAGACCGCUGCUGCUGCCUUGCCAGUGCCAACGCUGCUGCCGCCGCCGCUGCACUACAGCCAGCUCAGCAGGUUCGGGAGGCUCAGGCUCAGCCGAACCUGCCGGCCAGGCUGGGCAGCAAGGCUCGGCCGAGGCUAACGCUCAAAUCGCAGCUGAUGGAGAGUCUCGACCUGCUGGUCCGUCGCCUGCGGCUGCUGCUGCUGCUGCAGCAGUGGCUGCAGCAGGGGGGGCUGGGGAGCCGCCAUCAGCAGCAGCUGCUGCUGCUGCCUUUGCUGAGCUGACUGCCAGGCUGGAAGAAUUCAAGAGGCAGCGGGCCGUACUGAUUCAGCGCCUCGCUGCGCUGUCGAAUGAGACGGUGCCAGGUGGCCCACAGGGGAUGGUAGGGGCAGGAGGGCCGAGAGUGCCCCAGCUGUCAAGGGAUAUCCCGAGUCACUGAGUGGAAUGAUGGGGUGAAUCCUUCUACUGGGAGGCUGGGCCUUGAAAACAGCCAUAAAAUCCAUGUUUUUUAUCAGGCGUGAUGAAAAUGCUGAUGAAAAAGGAAUCAAGCAGGGACAGGGUGUAACAAAUGCCAGCGUCCUGUUGGGGUCCUGAGGAGCAGGCCUCUGGAUGGGAUUAGAAGUACUCUUUGUCAUAAGGGUAUUCGCUUGUUGCUACUUUUUUUGUAAGGGUAUAUUUUUAUGCUGUUCGUAAUAAGGGUCCUACA